CCCGGAAGGCGUUGAUGGGCUGAGCUGGAUCUUUGCCGGUUUCCUUAGCAACGGUCUCUGUAGCAGAUGGCCGGCUAGCAAUUUGUUUUACUGUGCAGGAUCUGGGCCACUUUUCCCCAGCUCAUAAGUUCUUACGGCCCAGUUGACCUGAUGUUUCAUGGAACAAUCACAAAAGAGCUAACCAGUCAUGAAGAAUGGAGUCACUAUAAUGAAAAUAUAAUUGAAGAUCAAAAAGAUUUUGUUUUUGUGAAGUUCAGUGGACUUUAUUUAAAAUCUAUGGAAUAUUUGCAAUCUUAUAUCUCUCUUAAAGUAUGCAUUUUCUCAAAUAAUUUUAUUACAGAUAUUCAUCCACUUCAAAAUUGUAUAAAAUUAAUUAAACUUGACCUUCAUGGAAAUCAGAUCAAGAAUCUACCAGAUACGAAAUUUUGGAGUGGAUUAAAGUACCUAAAACUCCUCUAUCUUCAUGACAAUGCAUUUGCAAAGUUAAAGAAUUUAUGUGUAUUAUCUGCCUGUCCAAGCCUCAUUGCUCUCACUCUGUUUGAUUGUCCGGUAAGCCUUAAGAAAGGAUAUAGACAUGUUCUUGUUAACAGUAUAUGGCCUCUGAAAGCACUGGAUCGUCACGUGAUUUCUGAUGAAGAAAUAAUUCAGAAUUGGCAACUUCCUGAAAGAUUCAAAGCAUAUAACCAGCGACUUUUCUUCAAUUUCUGCGCUGCUUUGAAAAAGGGAACCACCUAUGAGGAUGAGCUUAAUAAUAUUAAAUAUGUUAUUUCAAGUAUUAAUAAAAUUCUGGCUCAUAAUUCACCAGUUUUGAUUGUUCAAAGAUGGAUACGUGGCUUUUUAAUUAGAAAAAAAUUAAGUCCUUUCUUCUUGUGUAAAAGACACCGAGAAAAAAUUUUUAGAGACUAUGAGGCAAAAUGGGUUUACAUAACCAAAGGAUCUGAGGACGGGUUUCCAAAGGAUAUCAUUUUCAAGGAUGAAACUAAUAUAAAAGAAGAAUUUACCCAUUGGAAACAUGAUAUUUAUUCUUCUGUUGAUCUUAAAAAAGCGAGUGGACAGAGAAAAAAUCUUUCUCCCAUUAUAUAUGGAUUAAAAACAAAAGAUAUUGGCAGGAAAUCAAAAAAAUCAAGUCAUCUCUUUCCAGAAGGUCAGAAGGAGUCUGGAGAUGAAAAUGAGGAUGAAGUACUGGAUACCAGUUUUAGGAUAUCAGCAUCCAAACUACCUUUAUAUACUUCAGGUUUAUUGAAGUAUGAUGCAGUAUUGAAACAGAAAAAACAAUACUAUUUUCCUGAACAUGCCCAUCUAUUUCCUACCACCCAUCCAAAACCAGUAAUUAAAAAAGGCACACUACCUGAGACAAAUUUAAGACAGUUUUUUACAACACAGAGAGCCGGUAUAAAACUCCAAACCCUUAAAGAUAUUGACAAAUAUUACGCUGAACAAAAGAUGCAGGAUCUCCAUCAAGAAAAAAUAGCAGCUGUAUCCAGGGCACAAGUUGACAAAAAAAGAGUUGGCUUAACUGUUCAUGAAAGCAUAAAUAAGAAAAAAAUAGCUAUAAAAAAACUAAUUGAAAAAGAUCACAACACUAUUCAGAAAAGUUUACAGCAACUUUGGCAAGACAAAUUAAAAUACCUUAUGAAAGUUAAAGAGAGAAGAACUCUGUUUCUAGAAGGAAAAAAACAAAAGGCUGAAGAACAUUUAAUAGUUCAAACCCUAAAUAAUGAGCGUACUAUUCUGACCAAAGGAAUGAUUAAAAUUGACAGACUGAAGAGGAAUGAUGCUACCCUAAGACAAAAAUGGCUGAGUGUUCAGAAAAAAAUAGAAGAAGAAAAAUACCAAAAGAAUUUACUCAACCAAAUGAAGGAACAUAGGGCUCAAGAAAUAUCCAGAAAACACUGUGCAGAAAAGUUUGUUAUGGAUAUGCUUAAUUUUCAAAAAGACGUUGAGAGAUAUCAAGAAGCUAAAUCAAGAGUUGCACUUGUGAAAACAAAUUUUGUAUUCAAUAUUCCCAAUAGAAUGUCAAAAUGA